AUGAGGGUCGACCUUCAGGAAGAGCUCGAUGAGGUCAUGAGCCUUGACGAGUCCACAAGCCAUGAUGAGUCCAUGGGCCUUGACGAGGUCACGAGCGUUGAUCACAUGGAUCUCAGUCAGCAGUCGGACAUCGAUUCGAUGCCCGAGACUGCCACCGCACCUUCGAGCUUUCCUCAGUUCAACUCCUUGCCCCAGCAUGUCCGUCGUAUGAUCUGGAAGCAUGCGAUGGAUGAAGAACUCGGUGCCCACCACAUCGUCGUGAGCAACCACCGUUCCGUCUGCCGAUCUGUUCCGGCGCUGGCCCACGCCUGCCGCAUGUCUCGAAGCAUUGCAUUCGAGAAAGGUGGUGUGUUCAAGCUCGGAAAUGGGGAUAGGACUUGGUUUUGCCCCGCUACGGACUUCGUCUACUGGGACACGGACAAGUAUGACUUGGGAGAAUUGACCUCCUCUGUUCAGAACCUCAUCGUACCCUUCUUUGCCGGCAACAACUUCAAUGAAGUUUUCCACCAUUUUUCCGAGAAAUUCGAGGCGUUCUUUGUCCCUGGCAACCCGAGUCAACUGAAGAACAUCUUCAUCUCCGUGGAGUGGGCUGCAACGACGGAUAUUUGGAGUGACAUGGCCAUCUCUCGACUCUUUGGGUCGCGCACUAUUCUUGCGCCUGCUCUCGACCAGUUCGACCCUCUUAUCGACCACGUCAAUGACACUUGUCCGGUGCUUCCUGGCUUAGUCGCUGAGAUUUGGAAGAAGCAUGAAGCGAUUGACUUUGAUCAGUCGGUCAAAUGGAGAAAGUAUGCUGGAGAGGUUCUGCAUGCUUGGAUGAAUACCGCAGCCGUGUUUUCCAACAAAAUUAGCGGAGACCAGCUUGAUGACUUCUGGAAAGAGCGCUUGAUGCACCCCAACGGAGGCUCCUGGUUGAAAUGGUUUGAAGACCGUGCGCCCAACAUCUUCCCUACUUUCAUGUUCACGAAGCCUGACGACGAUGAGAUAGUCAUGACUUGA